AUGAUGAAACGGGUUGUGCUGGAAGGCGAUGAGCUUUUCUCAUUUUUACAUAUGACGGGAAGUUUGCUUGAAAAGGCUAAAUCCAUGGGAAGCAACUUCUUUGACACUGUUGGUUGCCCUUUCCCAUUGCAAAGGAGAAUUAUAUCGUUGCGAAAGCUUUGUCCAAUUGCUUCACAGGAAGCCAUUUCGACAGUUUCAGAAUCCACUGUUGGCGAAGUAAUUCAUUUACGCAUAUUUGCUGAUGACUCUCCAAUAAAUCAAGCGCUCAAGAGAGGAGAUUCAGUUACCCAGUGGAAAAGAAACCUUGAGUGUUUGCUUCAAUGUUUCUUUGCACUCUCUCUCCGGGUAUCAGUAACUCUCAGUCUUUGA